UUCAACGCCUUCAAAACAGUUCGAGUUGUUGGUGAGUGAGGGAGCGUGUUUUCAUUCAUCCGGAUCUUUACGGUACUGAUGUGAGUAGAGUGCGAACGUGCCGCGCAGUGAAAUAAAACUAAGUACCGCAUCAUUUGGGAUUGUUUACUGCACGAGUUAUUAACAAAAAAGUGAAGGAUCCGAGCUAUCACACCCGAGAACAAUGCAGUCUCAUAGCAAGAAACGCGUUUGCUACUACUACGACAGUGACAUCGGCAACUAUUACUAUGGCCAGGGACAUCCGAUGAAGCCCCACCGCAUACGUAUGACGCACAACCUUCUAUUGAACUAUGGACUCUACCGGAAGAUGGAAAUUUACAGACCACACAAGGCGACUGCCGAAGAAAUGACAAAAUUUCACUCUGAUGACUACAUCCGGUUCCUACGUUCGAUUCGACCGGAUAAUAUGUCCGAAUAUAACAAACAGAUGCAGAGAUUCAAUGUCGGCGAGGAUUGCCCAGUGUUCGAUGGGCUGUACGAAUUUUGUCAACUCUCGGCCGGCGGGUCCGUGGCUGCAGCGGUGAAGCUGAACAAGCAAGCAUCGGAAAUCUGCAUCAACUGGGGUGGUGGUCUGCAUCAUGCCAAAAAAUCGGAAGCUUCCGGAUUCUGUUACGUCAACGAUAUUGUGCUCGGGAUUCUGGAGCUGCUAAAGUACCACCAGCGGGUGCUGUACAUAGAUAUCGAUGUACACCAUGGGGAUGGUGUCGAGGAAGCGUUUUACACCACGGAUCGGGUGAUGACGGUGAGCUUCCACAAGUACGGCGAGUACUUCCCCGGAACGGGAGAUUUGCGGGACAUUGGUGCCGGACGGGGAAAGUACUAUGCCGUGAACAUUCCCCUGCGAGAUGGAAUGGAUGAUGAGUCGUACGAGUCGAUAUUUGUGCCGAUUAUUUCGAAGGUCAUGGAAACCUUCCAACCGUCGGCGGUCGUGCUACAGUGCGGUGCGGAUUCGCUCACCGGCGAUCGGCUCGGCUGUUUCAACCUCACCGUCAAGGGUCACGGUAAGUGUGUGGAGUUUGUGAAGAAGUACAAUCUGCCCUUCCUGAUGGUGGGCGGUGGAGGCUACACCAUCCGGAACGUUUCCCGCUGCUGGACGUACGAAACGUCGGUGGCACUGGGUUGUGAAAUUGCGAACGAACUGCCUUACAAUGACUACUUCGAGUACUUCGGGCCGGAUUUCAAGCUGCACAUCAGCCCGAGCAACAUGAGCAACCAGAACACGACGGAGUACCUGGAGAAGAUCAAGAACCGACUGUUCGAGAAUCUGCGAAUGUUGCCACACGCGCCGGGCGUCCAAAUGCAGGCGAUCCCAGAGGAUGCGAUGAACGAUGACAGUGAGGACGAAGACAAAGUCGACAAGGACGAACGAUUGCCACAGGUUGACAAGGAUAAGCGGAUAGUGCCGGACAAUGAAUUUUCGGACUCGGAGGACGAAGGUGAGGGCGGCCGAAGAGACAACCGAUCGUUCAAGGGGGUGCGGAAACGGCCGCGUUUAGAGAAGGAAGCCAAAACGGACGAUGUCAAGGAUGAGAUGGAAGUCACAGCUGAAACGGCGGGUGACAAAGAUGAAACCCUCGCGGGCGAGGAAGCGAAAAAGGAAACCACUGCCGUUGCAUGAUCGGUAUUAGCCUCAUACCGGAAGUAGCCCGAAGAUAGGUCACAAUAAUCACCACAGUGUACUCCACACAUUUACACAUACACAUACACACGAGCAGCGAGCUGUAGGAAACAUUGUGAGGGCAAACUUGAGUUGCGGAAAACGGAAUCGAUAUCCGGUUCUAACACAAUGUUUGAACGGGUAUUUUUUUUCUUUAUUUUAUAAUGUAGGCAUUUUCAUCGCAUCUUAGCAUGAAGGCUAAGAUCAAAGUUAAAUUUAGACACUUUUCGUUUGAUUGGACGAAUUUAAACGAAUCAAAAUAGGAAUAGUUCCUAUUUUGACAGUGCAUAAACAUAAUUCCCUCCUUUUUACCGUAUUGAGCAAAUCAUUUGGAUGUUUAUUUCGUAACUUUUUUUUAUUUAAACCGAAUAGUAGACCCUUUUUUUUUUGGCAACAAAGGAAACCAAGAGGGGAGAUACGAUAAACAAACAAUUCGAUAACAAUAACAAAACAAGACAUGAUCUCAGGAACGUAGCCCCGUGUUUUGAAUUUACCCAUUUCCUUUCGCUUUUGUUUCUACGCCCGGAUUAGUGUUAGUGCUUGCUUCGUUUUGGGAGAACGGAAAUGCUAUGAUUGUCAUUGUGAAUGACGAGAGGCUUGAAAUAGAGGCGAACAAAAAAAAAAUAAAACUCAACAAUCCACUUGCGGUAAGAACAGAAUUAGCUAUAUACUACAGAGUAACGAUUUGUGGAACAAA